UGGAUCGUGUUUAGCCACUCCGCUACAUUGACACUGUUCUGUGAAACUGAUACUUCGUGAAUGUCGUGAUUCGCUUCGAUGAAUCGUCUGGAGUUCCGCUGAACUGUGAAGCCACGUCGCUCAUUGGCCAGUAUUAGUUCCUUUUGACUACUUCGGCUUCUGCUAUUGGCUGAGCCGCAGUCAGCCUGCCCGUGGACCCGCCUUCUCCCAGCAAAACGGACAGAUUCUGAUUGAUAAUUUAAAGGCAGUCUUUCUGUUCAUCCUUCCAGUACGCGUCUCCACCGUUUUUACACAAACUGUUUCAGCCAGCCAGUCUUACCGCACGACCCAAGCGGACACCAAGCGCCCAGCGGUACCGGGUGAAGCCUCGGUGGCGUGAAGGCAGGUGUUGAGGACUGUCCUUCUCUCUCUGCCUCAUUCUGUUGUUCUGAGUCAUGGCGACCUCUCUGCUCAGCAGGCAGCUGGUCCUCUCCCUCCAGCAGAACCUCAGGCUCACUGCACCAGGCUGCAGGUAUGCGAGUAAGGCAGCAGCUAAGACUCAGAUGGAGUUUGAGUACGACGGGCCGUCCAUGAAGACCGAGGUCCCAGGACCCCGUUCCAAGGAGCUGACCAAACAGUUGGGAGAGAUGCAGAAUGUGGGAGCAAUCAAUUUCUUCUGUAACUAUGAGGAGAGCAGAGGAAACUACCUGGUGGACGUGGACGGAAACCGCAUGCUGGACGUCUACACACAGAUCUCCUCUAUUCCUAUAGGAUACAACCAUCCCUCACUCAUUAAAGUGAUGUCCAACCCCAACAAUAUGAGUGCGUUUGUGAACAGGCCAGCUCUGGGGAUCAUGCCACCCGAGAACUUUCCGGAAAAGCUGGCAGAAAGCCUUCUCUCAGUUGCUCCUAGUGGUAUGAGCCGUGUUCAGACCAUGGCCUGUGGAUCCUGCUCCAAUGAGAAUGCAUAUAAGGCCAUGUUCAUCUGGUACAGAAAUAAGGAGAGAGGCCACAACAACCCCUCUGAUGAAGACGUGAGCUCCUGUAUGAUCAACCAGAGUCCUGGCUGUCCAGACGUCAGCAUCCUGUCAUUUAUGGGUGGAUUUCAUGGCAGAACAAUGGGUUGCUUGGCAACAACGCACUCCAAGGCCAUCCACAAGCUGGAUGUGCCGUCAUUUGAUUGGCCGAUCGCUCCCUUCCCUAAACUGAAGUACCCUCUGGAGGAGUUCACACGGGAGAACGCACAGGAAGAGGCCCGCUGCCUGGAGGAGGUGUGUGUGUGUGUGUGUGUGUGUGUGUGUGUUAGGAUUUAUUAUUUUCCUGAGAAUCUACCAAUUUUCCCGGUAUUCCCAUACAAACUGGAAGUGCUAUUUUAAAAGCAUGUAAUACCAGCCCAAAAACAAAUCUGACAUGAUUAUACUACUGUAAAUGGAUAAAUAGACACGUGAUUAUACUACUGUAAAUGGAGAAAUAGACACGUGAUUAUACUACUGUAAAUGGAGAAAUAGACACGUGAUUAUACUACUGUAAAUGGAGAAAUAGACACGUGAUUAUACUACUGUAAAUGGAGAAAUAGACACGUGAUUAUACUACUGUAAAUGGAGAAAUAGACACGUGAUUAUACUACUGUAAAUGGAGAAAUAGACACGUGAUUAUACUACUGUAAAUGGAGAAAUAGACACGUGAUUAUACUACUGUAAAUGGAGAAAUAGACACGUGAUUAUACUACUGUAAAUGGAGAAAUAGACACGUGAUUAUACUACUGUAAAUGGAGAAAUAGACACGUGAUUAUACUACUGUAAAUGGAGAAAUAGACACGUGAUUAUACUACUGUAAAUGGAGAAAUAGACACGUGAUUAUACUACUGUAAAUGGAGAAAUA